AUGCAGCAGGUAGUGCACAUAGAUGAGAAAUGGUUCUACUUGAACCCAGGGACAAGAAGAUUCUACCUCCUCCCAAAUGAACCAAACCCCUACAUGUGCCAACAAUCCAAGAGGUUCAAGGUCAAGGGGAUGUUCAUGGCAGCCAUAGGGAAGACAAUAUUUGACACCCAUGGAGGAGUCUUACAUGAUGGGAAGUAUGGCGUAUUUCCUUUUGUUUAUGAAAGCAUUGCAAAGAAAAAAAGCAAAAACAGGGAUGCUGGGGUAAUGGAAAUAAAGGCAACACAGAAUGUGAACAAGGAGGCCCUCAGGGAAAUGCUACUAACUAAGGUCAUUACAGGCAUCAAAAGUAAAUGGCCAGCCCAUCUAUCCAAGGAUGUAAGGAUUCAAUGGGAUAAUGCCAGACCUCAUCAAAUUCCCAAGGAUGAGGAAUUUAAUGAAGCCUGUCAGUCAGAUGGUUUCAAUAUACAGUUCAUUUACCAGCCACCUCAAUCCCCAAAUUUAAAUGUGCUAGAUUUAGGGUUGUUCAAUGUCAUACAGUUAAUACAAUACUAA